AUCUCCCCCCCCCGUUCCUGUCUUUCUCUCUCUUCUCUCGCUGUAUCACUCCCUCCCUCGCUCCCCCUCUUUAUACUCUCUCUCCUCUUCACACUUCCUCGUCACACCUCGCUCCUCCUCCACACUCCCUCCCCCUCUCCCUCUCCCUCUCCACACCCCAUCGCCUUCCCAUCGCCUCUCUUCUCUCCUCUUCUCUCCUCAUUCCUCCUCAUUCCUUCUCAUUCCUUCUCUUUCAAACUCGUCUUUCCCUCCUCCCCCUCCCCCUCCCCCUCCUCCUCCUCCUAUCGCACAACAACAUAUAUAUGAAAACACCCUCAGCCAUGUCCUCCUCCUCCUCCUCCUCUGCACUGGCCAGGCGGAGUACUCCUGCUGCGGCCACUCCAACGGGGCCUUCUCCCGCUACUCCAACUGCCACUCCCACAUCCUCAGACACCAUCCAUCCCUCCUCGCGGCACCCCUACCCCCCGCGCUCCCUUAUGUCCCUCCCAAACGAGUGUCUGGCCCUCCUAGUCCAAUGGGUCGCCAGCCAGGGCGUCCAGGAUCUCUUCCCCCUUCUCUGCGUCAACAAAAAGUUCUUCCACCUCGUCGUCCCCUUGCUCUACCGGGAUCCCUUCCGACUCUCCGCCCGCUGGGUCUGGAAACGGUCCGUUUACAAGGGCGUGAUAGAACGCCAGACAAAGCUGAUUCGGACCCUCCUCCUCUGCUGCACCAGGACCAUCAACAAAAUCACUCCAAUCGACCCCGACGCAGACAAGAAAAAGAGGUCCAACAACCCCACCUUCUGGUCCGAAACACCCCUAGCCCGAGCUGUGGCAGCGGUGCGACGGAGCGAUAAGGAAGCACCGGCCACAGCGGAUACAUCCAGGACGAUACCCACCACAACGGUGUCUGCUGCAGCCCGCCAUGUCGAUGCACCUGUGCGCGCAACUGGCUGGGAAAGACCCACCGCGCCCUCUUUGACCUCCUCGACGACUUCCUCUUCAGCCUCUGCAACCAACAUCCUAGGCCCUCAUAGCCACUCUACUACACUCACUCUCUCUGAUACCAGCAAUCCAGACUUUGAUGGAAUGACAAUAGCCAUAGCUACAAAAUACACACAGCAGGGUGGGCCCGACCAGGCCGAAGGCGAUAGAUCGCUUCUCAAGUCGCUCUUUCAGAAAUUCGGGAGUACCCAUCAUCGUGCACGCGAGUUUGCGGGCGAGCAGACAAAGGACAAGGGCAAGGAUAAGGGCAUGGGCAUGGGCAUGGGCAUGGGCAUGGGCAUGGGCAAGGGCAAGGACAAGGGCAGAGGAUCACAAUCGAAGCCGUCACCCCAUCUGACCAGGAUCGAAAAGAUUCCCAUUGUCUGGGACGCAGAGACGCACCAACCCGAGACACGACGCAUCCCAGGAUUAGGCAGGCCGAAUUCACCAAAGCUCAAGUUCCCCCCGGAACUCACCAAAACCAUCAUCCGGCUCUCGACCGAGCCACCACCGAUGGUCAACUACCUUUCCUAUGUCACCCACACAGAGGUCCGUUCCUGGUCGGCAGCCUCGAACAUGACCCUAGUCCAUCAGAUCCUCGGCGACGCUCGACCAUCCUGGCACGCGCGUCUGCAGGGUCUCGUGAAACGGACUUCCAGGAGGAUCAUGGGCAAACACUCCGCAUCCGAUCGACAGGACACCGUUGGCACAGCGACCGGAUUUGUUUACGAUACUCGCCACGAUCUGGAGGAGCCGGACGAGGAGGAGGAUGACCUUAUGGAGCUGCCGUUUAGCUUUCGAAGGGAUCGAUAUCGUCGUUGGAGAGGCGGUCGUGCUAAACGGAACAAGAACCUAUGGGAACUUCGAGAUGUCGACUUUUUGGAAUUACUCCUGCUCUUUUACACCUCUGGAAAAAUGGAGUCGCUCUCGCUGGGGAUGAAUUGUUCCCAUUGGUAUCAUCCUUCGCUCAACGUGCUCCUACCUGGAAUUCCGGAGCGGCUGUCAGGUCUGCGCAGGAUUGUGAUUGAUCAUGCGGAUACCAUCGUCCACAAUGCAGUCCCUGUACCGCAGCUCUUCAUUCAGCGACACCAAAAGGCCUUCCCUGGACAGCUGCGUGAGAUUCAGGUCAGGCAGUCCUAUCAUUACUCGUACGAUAUGUCCAAAUCGGUUCUGCAGACGAUCAAGACGAUGGAGCGGUUGGAGGUACUGGACCUGUCAAUCUGGACGGGGGUGUUUUCGGGACUGGAGUCAAUUUGUACGGACCAUCUGAGAAAGUUACUGAUUUGUCACCACAUGGAUGUGCCCCGACCAGAGAUGUUUGAUGAGCUGCUGAAGCGGUGUCUGGUCCUGGAGGAGCUCUCGAUUAUCGUGCCACACCCACACCUCUUCACAUGGGCUGUCGAGAGACGUGCCGGUACGACAAUGCUAUCAACAACAACAGCAUCGGGAAGACCACAUUCGCGACGGGAUCUGUUUGCGUCGCGAACAGAGUCUCUCUGGUCAGACUCGCGCGGUCGUCAGCCAGCGUGCUUAUCGCCGCUCAAGAAUGUAACCUUGUUUGGCCAUACGACCGAUGUUUUGGGAGCAUUCAAGGACGUUAUCUUUGCGUUCCAGGACACACUCGAAUCGAUACAGGUGUCUAUGUAUUCGGAUAUGACAAAGCCGCCCGAGAACCAUUUCGAGAUGCCGCCCCCACACUUUAUGGUCACGGGCGAUACUCCGCAGCCGUCGUUCCUUGGGAUCAACCUCCUGCAGGAUGCACUCCAGCCCAGCAGCACCAACCCCUUCAGCACCGCCACCGCUGCAGCCCAGUCGACGCUCAAUCCCUUCAAUACCUCACCAGAACUAUCGGCGCUGUGGCAUCAGGAGAUCCUGACAGGCAUCAGCGGUGGUCAGAACUCUACGACCAAUGCAACAGCAGCAACAGCAGCAACAGCAGCAGCAGCAGCAGCAGCAGCAAAUCCAUCGAAUCCAGUCCCACCCUCGCACCUGACGUGGAACUGGCCUCUGCCUCGACUGCGGACAAUGUCCUUGCGAGGCCCAGCAGUGGCCUAUUUCGACCUGAACCUACUCCGAUUCUGUCCACAGCUCACAGACCUGGCCCUCUCAUACCAUUGCUCACGUCUUCCACGUUUGGUCUAUCCGAAUCAUAGGUCUGCGUCGUUGUCGUUGGAUGGUGAAGCUACCACGAGUGCCACAAAGCGCUAUCCUAGGAUCAUGAUCUGCGAUUCGCUCGCUUUCAAGUGGGGCAUGAACCUGCAAGAAGAUCGGCGUAGUUUGGUCAUUGUCUAA